UAAAGAAUUAAAUAACCAAAUCCAACGAGUUUCUCUUUGUUCUUCUCCUCCUCUCCUCCUCCUCCUCUGUCUCUCAAGUCUCAGUAUUGCUCCUUGAACCUUUCAACAUCUGUUUGCCAGUUCCCUAUGGAGGACUUCAGAUCCAAGUCGUGCAGGGAUGGGAGGAUGCAGCUGGGGAGCUACUACGGAGGCCGGGCUGCCCCAACUAGCAUGCAAGAUCUAAGGUCUUUCAGUGUUAAUUAUGCUGGUUCAUCUGCACAGCCGAAUGAGGUAGCAAAGGAAGUGAAGAUCAAGAAAGAGAAAAGCAGUCUUGGGUCUAUUUCUAAAAGCUGGAGCUUCGGGGACCCAGAAUUGCAGAGGAAGAAGAGGGUUGCUGGAUACAAGGUCUAUUCUGUGGAGGGCAAGAUGAAAGGGUCCCUGAGGAAGAGCUUUAGGUGGAUCAAGAAAUCAUACACCCAAGUGGUGGAUGGAUGGUGGUGACAGAUGGGUACAUGUUUCUUCAUUUUUUUGGGGGGCAAUUUAAGGUUUUAUUUUGGUUUGUGGUCAACAAAUUCUGUAACGGAUUUGAAGUUGUAUUCUGUGUCUGAAAAAUCUUAAAUCUCAUGGGACUAUAGUCCUCUAUAACUAUUUAUAGCAAUACCUUAAAACUA